UCCCGGGCGCCAUGGAAUCCGAAGCUAUCAGUCGAGAUUUCUAGGAAUUUUGAGUAACCACACAAAUUUCAAAUAAAGCAAUACAUAUUUCUUCAGUAAUUUCGAAACAGCUGCAUCUAACAUCGACUAACGCAGAGGCUGUAUUCCGUGCAGCAACUUGACAUAAUAACAUGGCUUCAGGCAUCGAGGUGUCAACCGAGUGCAAGGGCAUUUUCGAGGAAAUACGCAAGCUGAAGCAGCAUCGCUAUGUCAUCUUUGCCAUCAAGCAGGAGCGCGAAAUCAAUGUGGAGGUUGUCGGCCCUCGCAAUGCCAGCUAUGAUGAUUUCCUUGAGGAUCUGCGCAAAGGCGGGCCGGAGGAGUGCCGCUAUGCGGUCUACGAUUAUGCCUACCAUCAUCAGUGCCAGGGCGCCUCGUCCACCUGCUUGAAGGAGAAGCUCUUUCUGAUGCUCUGGUGCCCGAUGCAGGCCAAGAUCAAGGACAAAAUGCUCUACUCCAGCUCAUUUGCUGCACUUAAAAAGGAGUUCAAUGGCGUUCAGAAAUAUAUACAGGCCACCGAAUUGGACGAGGCAUGCCGCGAGUGUGUCGAGGAGCAGCUGCGCGUGCUCGACCGCAACUAAGUGUACAACAGCAACCAAAACAUUUAGUAUUAAUAACAACAACAACAACAACAACCACUACUUCAACAACAACAACAACAACCACUACAACAACAACAACAACAACAAUGACAACAACAACGACCAAGUCCCGCAAUAAUAGCAGAAAAAAGAACAGAAAAAAAAA